GUAGUAUUAAAUUGGCCUAUUUAGAAAGUGUAUCCAUUGAACUCAGAUACCCAUGCGCACGCGCGCACGUUUUUUUGGGGGGUUGUCCCCCGCUUCACAUCUGGCUAAGCAGAUGUUGCAGUCUGCCGUCCGGCUUCCGCGCUGUCAUUGUUUCCUCUUCCACUCUCCAUUCUUUUUUCGUCGGGGCUUCAACUCCGUCGAAGCUCUUCUUCACUACUUUGAUUUGUUGUCCCCCCACCUAGUCUGUUCUUCUAUCCGUCAUGGGAGACAUCGACAUCGAAGCUCCCGACGCCAGGCAGCCGAGCCGCAGCGUGUUGCAGUCGAUCCUCCCCAGCAGAGAGUUCGCCUCCUCCAGGAAAGGAAUGCUGCUCAUCGCUGAAGUGGUGCUGUCCUUCGUCGACUUUGUAUGCUUUGCCGCAUCCACAGCGGCCGCCUUUGUGACAGUCCCACUCCUGGAGUUCCUCGCCGCUCUCUUCCUGCUUUUUGCCUACUCUACCAAACUCAACGAGAGGUUUAAAGGCUUCCUAUGGCCUCUCAUGGAUUUCAUGAGAUGUGUUACAGCUGCCAUCAUUUUUUUCAUUAUUUCUAUAAUUGCAGUAUCCAAAUAUGUAGAUGGCUCUUCCAAAGCUGCUGGGGUUUUUGGCUUCCUCGCUACAAUUGCAUUUGCUUUAGAUUUUUAUCUCAUUUUUAACGAGCUCGCCAAUUUCCUGAAGCAAGGCGGAGAGACCACAGAGGAGCAUUCCGGACAGCAAGCUGACAUUUCCGACUCUGAUUCGGACUGAGAUUGUUUCCCCUGCAGUUACGUUUUGGAUGAUCUACCGCAGGAGACAAGGCAUUGCAACAUAUCACAAGGGCACACUCAUACGAUUAUGUACAAUGAGGAAGUUACUAAAGUUUCUUGCACAAUUGGGAUAUAUUUGGGCAGUUUACAGCCAAAAUUGUAAAUAUGUGGUACUUACAUGAGCCUGUCUAAAUUCAUCUGUUGUAUUGUAUGCCAAAGAGCAGAGAUGCAUUCUGUGCAGAAUUCAUUUUUUUUUAAAUGAAAAAAACAUGUUUGUUUUUUUUUCAAUCUUUUGCAAAAUAUGCGUAAUGCGUAAAAAAAGUUUUGCACAUUUUUAUAGAUUUGUUAUAGGUAAAAAACAAAUUUUUAAAUCAUCACUUCAUUUAUCUUUAAAUGCACACGUUCCUCUCCGAUUUUUGUUUUUUUAUUCACAAAACGAAUUACUUAAUGACUUUUUUAAAAGAAAUGUUUAAUCUGAUUAAAAAAGAAAAAAACAUAACACUACAAUGUCUGUCCAGUCAAUUUGGAACAAAUUACACCCCCCCCCCAAAAAAAAAAUAAAUAUAUA